GUUCUAAAAAUGGACCAUGUCUGUUUUUCGUGAGCGCUAAAGGAUUAACGCCAGCUAUCCCUUAAAAUAGGACUGGCUAAAUAAUACGUCUAAAGGCUGACUGUUACUAACGCUAAGUGGUGAUGUCAAGAAUGCAUAAAUAGAACUCUUUGUAAUCGACGUUUUGAUAGAUGUUUUUCUGUGGAACUAUGCAAGCUAAUAAGGCUUAUCGGGAAACGUUCGAGCUAGCUGCUGUAGAUAGAUGUUUUUUCAUAGAGAACAAGGAAGGACGAUGUUGUGAAGUUAAGGUGAUGGACCAUCAAGAAGAUUCGAUUGUUGCCCUUCUCCGGACACUGGACCAUCAAAUCGGAGACUAACCUCAGGUGGUUUUGAAGGUAUGGCUCAGUCGUCCGUUUUUUCUCCAGACCACAACAAGAGUGGGGCCGCCAUGGUAACAGAGGGGCUCAAUGAGAACCAGUCUGCAGACAGAGCAGAGGGCUGCCCUGUAAAUGAAAACAAUCAACUCUCAGAGGAGGAACAGGGAAAAUCCAAUGCCUGGUCAGAUGGACUGAGUGAAGAUCCCCUUUCUAAGGACAGACUAGAUGCCUCCUGGUCCCAGAACUCCAUCUCUAAGUCCCUCCAGAGGGCCGAGGCCCUGUUGAGGACCCACUUCAACCCCAGCCUGCGCUGGCUGCUCGGUGGCAAAGCUGAAGACGACCCCUGGGACAGCGAGAGUCAGGACACUUUUGUGGCAUACCAGAACCUGACCUCCCGCUCCUCACUGCGCUUGCAGCGCUUGGAACAGGGCAUGCUGGGAGCAUCCCAGCAGUGCCAGGUGGUGCGGGAACCAUGUACGGGGUUUACCCAGGGCUGGGUCAGGGGCUUAGGUACAGGAGAGGCAGGGAGUGUUCUCUACCACCCUCCUUCUGCCUCACUCAGCCAACACUACGGCCAGCUACAGAACCUUUUAGAACAACGAGCUCUUCUCCUCUUCCUCCACGAGUACGCCCGUAGGAGCAGGGUAGCCUCAGAGUAUGUGGCCCGUCUGGCCGGCUUUCUGGAGGGGGAACUUGGGGAGCUAGAAGACAAGGACAGCCCCUUCCUGGAUAGACCCAACUCGGCCUUGAGGCAGGGCCCAGGUCUGGCCAGCCUGUGCCAGGAGCUGAGGAUCCACGUCCGCCACUGGGAGGCGCUGUGCAUCCGGGCCCGAUCCGACCCCUACCUGCGACCCGUCCUGCUCCAGAGGACAGGCCUGCUGGAGGGGAUGCGUCGGACCCUGGGCCUCCUGGGCCUGCAGGCGUUGAUUCUGAUGCAGCGGUGUGUGGAAAUUGUCCUGGGCGCCCUCGCCUCGUCCCAGCUGGUCAGGGUUCCCCGGGACACUCUGGAGGACAUGCUGGCUGCAGCCGAGCUCUACAACCAGGUGUUGGAGGAGCAGAACGCCCAUCGCGGUACCAGGGUGUGGAGGUGCCAGUUGCUGCAGGGUUGUGGUUGGUCUGGGCUGCAGGGCAGGCCUCCUGGCUCCAGGGGGAAACACCCUUCUCCCUUCCCUGUGGUGCAGUUGAUGAGGAUCCUGGCGGAACACAGAGGAAGGAUGGCUGCAGAGCAGCUGCAUCGGUGGGCUUCCCAGCAGAAUGGCCUCACCACCCAGAUCCUCCACCCAGGGACCCCAACACCUACCUGGGAACAGCUGCUGCACGAUUUUCCUCUGCUACCCCCUCUAUGCUACCACCUCCCCCCAGAACCAGAACCUGAGCGACACCCUGUGGAGGAGAAGCCCCAGGCCCAGCUACAAUCCCAGCCCCAGCCCUGGUCCCCUGACCUGCCCCUGGGAGCAUUCAUCCGGCAGGACCGGAGAUCGUUGGAGCUGCUGUUCCAAGCCCUGGUGUCCUCCACAGAGCUCUUGGCCCCACACGUGUCCAACAGACCUGCUCCUGACAGACACACACCAGACUGGAGACUACAGACACCGGACAGAAUGGACCGGAUACUGUACACACCAGACAGAAUCGACCAGAUCCUCCACAGAACGGACAGACACACACCGGACAGAACGGACCGACCAGAAAGGACCCAGGCACCGGAGGGGUCAGCUGUCUCACAAGAUGGUCACAGACCUUCACUUCCUGUGAACGAAGAAACCAUACCCCCUGAGCAAGCAAGGCAGGAAGCGAGGCGUCCAAGAUCUGUGCAGUGGUUGGAUAAAGGCCAGUCAGGAGCGUGUCUACAGCUGUUCGGCCAAUACCGGAGUCUUCUGUGGAAGCAGUGUGGGCGGGCCCUGUUCAUGAUCUUCCAGCAUCCGCCACCGGGGGGCACUUUAGGCAGCAUCAACCAGUGGAACGACCAGAUGCUGUUUCAGCUGGUACUGUGGCUCAACCAAGUCUGCAAAACAGAGCUGGUUCCAGAGGAGUGCAAAGGAGUUCUAGAUGACUUUACCAUUCAGCUCCUGACCAGCACAGCUUUCCGACACUGGGACCAUGUGCUGUGUGUGUCCUUGGGCUCUGGGCUGAAGGACAAGUGUCUCCCGAGAGCGGACCGUGAUGGCAGCAUGGUGAUAACAUCUACCAUGGAACACUUCCUCCAGCUGACUUCGCCCCUCCUCACCACACUCCGGGCGCUGAGCCACACCUCCAACACACACACACCUGGGGCUCCAGGCAAGGCCUUUUCCCACAGGACAGAGCUCCUCCAGGGCAGCACGAUGCGAGCGCUGGCCUCUGUCCAGACCUCCACCCUGUGGGUGAUGGGGAAGGCCUACCAAUUCCUCUCAUCCUGGAGCCUCAACAAGUUCCUGCUGGUCACCCAGGGAGACCUGAAGGUGCUGAGAGCGUCCGUAGAGAGCCUCUUGCAGGAAGUGGAAACCCUGGCUGGGGAAGAAGAUCAUCCACAUCAUCCUAUUCCUCCAGUAUUGAUGAGGCAGCAGAUAGCCCAACUGCGGCAGGCCAUGUCCCACCUGCAGGUCUUCUCUGAAAUGGUUAUGAGGAUCUUCUCCAUGGACUGCAAGAAAAUGUCUGGAGAAAUCUUUGAGCAGACCAUGCCCUCCGCCAAGCACUGGAGGCUAACCUACAGGAUGGAUUUUCCCAGAAGCCCUAGUGAGUAUGCGUCGUCGGCAGCUCAGAGUGUGAUUGGCCAGGUGCUGGAGGGGGUGCAGCCCCUGCCGGAGGAGGCCAGGGUCCCUGCCCUCACGGAGGCCAUGACCGCCUUCAUGGAGGCCUGGAUGGAGCACAUCCUCAAACAGAAGAUCAAAUUCAGUAUCCAGGGUGCUCUGCAGCUGAAGCAGGACUUCGACCUGAUCCGGGACCUGAUCCGGUCUGAGGAGUACAGCCUGUCAGAGGAGUUGCACCAGAGCCUGCUCUCCCUCAGGGUGUUCCAGCAGGUGGACUCUGCCAUCGUCUGUCUGCUCCAGCAGCCCCUGGCCAAGACCUACAUGCCCUCCCGAGGCUGGGAGCCUUUCAGACGAUGCUGUCCUAACAGUGCCAGUGUGGUGGACCAGGCAGCAGGCAGCAUGAACAACCUGGAGAGUAUGGAGAUCGGGGCGGUCUGCCAGCAGGCCCUGAACCAGGGGAACAACUCUCUGACCUCUGACCUUCCCACCACCUCUCCCCCAGAGUCUUACCUCGCCUUAGGCCACGCCCAGCAGGAGUGGCUGGACCUGCGCAUACACAGCGGCUCUCGGUGGAGACUUCCAGGCUUGCACUGUCUCAGCAACACUGAACCCUGACACACACACACACACUACCCUAGCUACACACACACUACCUUAGCUUUUUUAGCAACAUUGAAUGAUGGGUGGAGAACUGCUGCUUCCUAAACUGCACUGGUUUGACCUGUCAUGGUGUGUGGGGUCAGUUAUGUUUUGGAAAUUAAUUCUCAGGUUGAACUGUGAUAGGGAGUCUAUAACCCUUUUUUAAUCAAAUCAAACACCAAAUACUGUAUGUUUGGGAAGUUUUGUUAGCUGUUUGGCUCGAAUGUAAGAGAAAGGACGUCUGAGUAUGGCGUUUGCAGCUUUAGUUUUUUUCUUUAAGCAUUUAUUUACUGUAUUACGUUACUAUUGUUAUCAGCACUUUUUUAUUUUGCUAUUAUUAUAUGAUUUUACAGUAUUAAGUGGAUGUAGCAGCUCUACUAUAGUCUGUUUGAUCCUGGACUUGGAAUAUGUGAACUGGUUCACUGACUAGAUGCAAGAUAGUGAACUUGAAUGCACCUUGGAUCUUAAAAAAAUAAUAUAUUAUCUACAUCAGCCAAAUACAGAACAGUCACCAAGAAACUGUCACAAUAGAUGAAAAUGGCGUCUCUUGUUUGGACUGAGUUGGUGCUUGCUUUGUGCAGUGUCUGCACUUCGAAAAUAUAAAAAAAUCUAUUGAAUAAAAUCUUUGCCAUGUUG